AUGGUGACCGUGUGCAGGCCGUCGCCCGCUACGGUCACAGUGCUGCUGGCCCUCCUCGCCUGCUUGGGAGCGCUGGUCGACGCCUACCCCGCCAAACCCGAGGCCCCAGGCGAAGAUGCCUCCCCGGAGGAGCUGAGCCGCUACUACGCCUCCCUGCGACACUACCUCAACCUGGUCACCCGGCAGCGGUACGGGAAACGCGACAGCCCGGACGCCCUUUUCUCCAAGCUCCUGUUCCCCGACGGCGAUGACCGCCCCGUCAGGUCGCGGUAA